AAAGGCUUGCAGAUGGAAACAUUGUUGCAAUGCUUCGACGAUCCCCGCGUUCAGUAAUCUCAGCUACUUUGUUGCCCUGAAGACUGUCUGCCAACCCCAACAUGGCCGCCCGAUUGCGUGCUAGAGCGUCGUGCCCCACGGGGCGUCGUCGGGUUAGCCUUUUAAUGUGAGUCUGUUGUGGAGGCUGCAAGCCUGUGUGCUGACCAGGAGGCAGCGCGGAUAGCACGCUGGCCAUCAGGGCACAGGUAGUCGCCAGUGAUGCUGAUGGAGCUCUGACCUGCUAGCUGACACACAGGGUGCGCGGAUGUCCUAUGAAGAGCAUUAAGGCUGAGCUGGAAGCUGGCAUUUUUUACAUGUGUUCCACCAGGAAUCACGUUAUUGUCUUGAAGUCAGAAAUCCCCGUCAGCUCCAGUUCGUAAUGCCAUGUUGCUGUUUCUGUGUUCUAAAGUGAGCAGAAUAUAGCAAAUGUAGAGUUAAAGGUAGAUGACUGCUGAGAGACUUGAAGCCCAAGACUGCACAUACACCAUAUGUUCAGCUUCUUUAAAAGAAUCAGGAGUAACAGCUCAAGCCAAAUCCAAAACCGUGUUCUUCAUUCAGUCAUAAUACCAUCAUCAAACGGAUAUUGAGUGAAUAUUACUGCAAAGAAAUCUUAAGUGGACUUCAAAGUUGUUUAUACAACUUAAAACUAAAUGGAUGACUACAGAGACCUCACCAAUGGAUAUUUGAGAUAACUAUACUGAAUUCCACAGGAUUUAUUUUUUCAGCAGCAUUUGGAAGACUUUGAACAGCACAAUGCUUAUUAAGGAAUACAGAAUCCCUCUUCCGAUGACUGUAGAGGAGUACCGGAUCGCUCAGCUCUACAUGAUACAGAAAAAAAGCAGAGAGGAAACAUGUGGAGAGGGCAGUGGUGUAGAGAUUUUGGAGAACAGGCCGUACAUGGAUGGCCCUGGUGGUUGUGGGCAGUAUACUCAUAAAGUCUACCAUAUUGGUAUGCACAUACCAAGCUGGUUUCGUUCAAUAUUGCCCAAAGCAGCAUUGCGAGUAGAGGAGGAGUCUUGGAAUGCGUACCCUUACACAAGAACAAGAUAUACCUGUCCUUUUGUAGAAAAAUUCUCAAUUGACAUAGAGACCCAUUACCAGUCUGAUUCAGGAGAUCAAGCCAAUGUUUUUAAUCUUUCACCUGCAGAGAAAAGGCAGCUGGUUUUAGAUCCCAUCGAUAUUGUAAAAGAUGUUAUUCCAACCCACGAGUACAAGGCUGAAGAAGACCCAAAGUUGUUUAAAUCUUUCAAAACAAAAAGAGGACCCCUGUCAGAAGAUUGGAUAGAGGAAUGCAAGAAUAACCCUGGGAAGUUCCCCAUCAUGUGUGCUUACAAAUUGUGCAAAGUGGAAUUUAGAUACUGGGGAAUGCAGUCCAAAAUCGAGAGGUUUAUCCACGAUGUAGGAUUAAGGAAAGUAAUGGUCAGAGCUCACCGUCAGGCAUGGUGUUGGCAGGACGAAUGGUAUGGCCUUACAAUUGAAGAUAUACGACAAUUGGAACGGGAGGCACAAUUAAUGCUUGCACAAAAAAUGGCUCAGUUUAGCUUAAAUGAUGAAACAGAACAGAAUGGAGCUAAGGAACUGGCAAAUGAAAAUGGUUCAGAAGUAAAAGGAAUGUCUUCUACAGAUGCAGAAAAUGGAACUAAUCGAAACGAAGCAUUAGCAGGAAGGAGCCUGACUAAACAGUGGUCGACUUCUUCCCGAUCUUCUCAUUCUUCAAAACGAGGUGCAAGCCCGUCACGUCACAACAUUUCAGAGUGGAGGAUACAGAGCAUUGCCAGAGAUUCGGAAGAAAGCUCCGAUGAGGAAUUCUUCGAUGCACAUGAAGAUCUUUCAGAUCAGGAAGAACUGUUUCCCAAAGAAAUUGCCAAGUGGAAUUCUAAUGAUCUCAUGGACAAAAUUGAAAGAACAGAAAUUGAAGGGAUGCAAGAUGAUUCAUAUCAUGAAACAGCAGAAUAUGCAGUGACAUCCAGCGUGGAAAGACUCAGCAUCAUUGAGGAUGAAUCCUGCACAAACUCACUGCAGCCAUGUAAGAUCCAUGUACUGAUUUUAGUACUACAUGGAGGAAACAUCUUGGAUACAGGAAGUGGAGAUCAAAGUUCAAAACAGGGUGAUGUGAACACUAUUGCUACAGCAUUUGACACGGUAAUGAGACUACAUUAUCCUGCCGCUUUAGGGCACAUUGCAAUCAGGUUGGUUCCCUGCCCAGCCAUCUGUUCAGAGGCCUUCUCACUAGUGUCAAAUCUGAGUCCGUACAGCCAUGACGAAAACUGCUUGUCCAAUAGUCAGGAUCACAUUCCAUUGGCUGCACUGCCACUGCUGGCGACAUCAUCACCACAGUACCAAGAGGCUGUUGCCACAGUGAUUCAACGAGCCAACCAGGUAUACGGUGACUUCAUCAAAUCACAGGAAGGCACUUCCUUCACUGGGCAGGUUUGUUUGAUAGGAGAUUGCGUUGGAGGAAUUCUGGGGUUUGAUGCUCUCUGCUACAGCAAUCAUACAAUUUCAGAAAGCCAAAACAGCAGCAGAAGAGGCAGCAUAAUUAGCGUGCAGGAUGGAGAGCUCCUGUCUCCUGGAGGCAUUUUAAAUAGUUAUAACUCAAGCUGUUCUAACCUGGAAGGAAGUAGACAUCUCAGCAGAAGCAACAUAGACCUUUCACGCAGCAGUGGUGAUGAUGCAAAAAGGCAACUGCCACGGAAACGGAGUGAUUCAUCAACAUAUGAGCUUGAUACAAUAAAACAGCACCAGGCCUUUCUGUCAAGUUUGCACUCCAGUGUGCUUCGGAACGAUCCUGGAUCCAGGCGAUCAAGUAGUUCCACCAUGCUGGAUGGAGGUAGCCCUGGCAAGUUCGACUUUGAGGUCUCGGACUUCUUUCUGUUUGGCUCACCACUGGGUCUGGUGCUUGCUCUAAGAAAGACUGUCAUCAUGACUUUGGAAAUCUCACAGCUGCGCCCACUUUGUGCACAGGUGUAUAACCUGUUCCACCCCGCAGACCCUUCAGCUUCCCGCUUGGAACCACUACUGGAAAAGAAAUUUCACUCUUUGCCCCCUUUUAAUAUUCCACGCUAUCAGAGAUUCCCACUAGGUGAUGGCAAUUCUGCGCUCCUAGUUGAGACAAUCCAGAACAAUCCCAUACUUCUCAUCACAGAAAGCAGCCCACAGGUUGCUCUCCAUCGUCAGGACAGCGUCAUGGAAACCAGUAUUCCUGUUCCCAUCCUUAACUGGCAAGAUGGUUCCAGUAGAAGUGCCGUGUUUGUGGAGUCUGAUGUUCAGUGUCAUGGUGCCAUCGUUAUGGAAAAUUCAUCCCCCUCUUCCCCCAUAACAGCCCCCUUCAGGGGAUUCCGUCGAGCAAGUGAAGUCAGCAUUGCCAGCCAGGUGUCAGGAAUGGCAGACAGUUACACGACCUCCAACGUAGACAACAAAAAAAAAAGUCAUCUUAACCAUUCCAAAAAGUUAAGCCUUUUAUCCCAACUCGCUCUCCCUUACAACAAAUCCCAUUCUAAAAAUGCUUCACCCAAACACCGCACACAGCCUAAAAGCACCAAAUCUCAGGAUGACACAGACGGUGAUAAUGAGGUGACCUCGCCAACACUGAAGCAGAGUAUGAUUCAACACAUACCAGACUUGGACAUCAGCCAAGUUGCUGCAAAAUGGUGGGGGACAAAACGAAUUGAUUAUGCGCUAUACUGUCCAGAUGCACUGACAGCAUUUCCAACCGUUGCCUUGCCACAUCUCUUCCACGCUAGUUACUGGGAGUCCACUGAUGUUGUCUCGUUCCUGUUAAGACAGGUAAUGAGGCAUGAGAAUUCGAGCGUACUGGAGCUUGACGGGAAAGAGGUAUCAGUCUUCACACCUUCAAAGCCGAGAGAGAAAUGGUUGAGAAAGAGAACACAUGUCAAAAUAAGAAAUGUUACUGCCAACCACAGAAUAAAUGAUACCGUUGUUAAUGAAGAUGGUCCUCAGACAUUGACGGGAAGAUUUAUGUAUGGUCCACUUGAUAUGGUCACUUUAACCGGGGAAAAAGUAGAUAUCCAUAUUAUGACUCAGCCUCCUUCUGGGGAGUGGCUUUAUUUUGAUACAGAAAUCACCAACAGCAGUGGUCGGAUUUCGUACAUUAUCCCUGAAGACAAAAAACUGGGAAUCGGUGUCUAUCCUGUCAAAAUGGUGGUCAGGGGUGACCAUACGUAUGCAGAUAGCUACAUUACUGUUUUACCACGAGGAACUGAUUUUGUAGUAUUUAGUAUUGAUGGAUCGUUUGCAGCUAGUGUGUCUAUUAUGGGCAGUGACCCCAAGGUCAGAGCUGGAGCAGUUGAUGUUGUAAGGCACUGGCAGGACCUUGGAUACCUCAUCAUUUACAUCACGGGGCGGCCGGACAUGCAGAAACAGCGGGUAGUAGCCUGGUUAUCGCAACAUAACUUUCCACAUGGAAUCGUAUCCUUCUGUGAUGGCUUGGUUCAUGAUCCCCUGCGACACAAAGCCAACUUUCUGAAAUGCCUCAUGACAGAUGCACAUAUGAGAAUUCAUGCAGCGUAUGGAUCCACUAAGGACAUUUCAGUAUACACUUCCAUAGGCCUUUCACCUUCACAGAUAUACAUUGUUGGGCGACCAACCAAAAAGUUACAACAUCAGUGUCAGUUUAUUACAGACGGUUAUGCGGCACACCUCGCACAGUUGGAAUACAGCCACCGGUCUCGGCCAGCUAAAGGAAACAGCCGAAUGGUACUCAGAAAAGGUAGCUUUGGACUUCCUCCGCAGACAGACUUCUUAAGAAAGAGGAAUAAUUUGCUACGUACUAUCUCUUCUCAGCCUGCAGGUUCAGGUAGCCAUAGACCUGAGCGAACACAGAGCCAAUCAGAGAGUGAUCGAGAAAGGGAGAGAGAACGCAGUCAACGAAGUAUGAGCAUUGCGGCGGGAUGCUGGGGGAGGGGUAAUAUCACAAGACUAGAACCAGGCCUUUUAAGCCAGAAAUAGGCCAAUGACAGAAAAGAACAGACUGGAAUAAUGAAUAGAAUGUUGAAAUACUGAGUGGUCAAUAUGGUGCUACAAAAACAACACAAACGGUUUCAAAAAAAUCUAAUGAACCCCCCACGUUCUGUGUUGAGCUGCAGGCCUUAAAUGUUAUGGUUUGUAGAAUGUACACCUGAAAGGUACAGGUUACCAAACAGGUCCGCAAGUCCAAAAUGUGCUGCUCCAAUGUUGCUCCUGGGUAAUAGUGUCCACACCUGUGCACAGGGGCCUCUUCUUCCUCUUCCUCUUCCUCUUCCUUCAUCCCACAAUCCUGAGAACAUAACAGAUGUGGACGGACAUUUCUGGUUUUUGCUGAUUUUGCAUAGAGGAACUGUUUUGGAUCUUUUACUUUGAAUAUCUAGGCCACUGAUUCUUGCAAGCUGGAGAAAGACAGUGAAUGUGCCACUUCAUGAAGCAAAAUUACCAUUCAUUUAAAUUUUAACCAUAUAUUGCUCUGUUUAGCCACAAAAUGGAAGUAUGUUAUGUGCGAUAAGAUGAUCUCUGCCUUUAUUACCCUACUUUUUUACCAGUUUGUCAUUUUUAAAGAAGGAUGUCAGCAUAAAGUGACAUGGAUUUGCUGACAGGCUUGUUACUUCAGUUUCCUCUGGCUUACUUCUCAUACAUGUAUGGUUCCUAGCUGUACUGCAAGCCUCCACAGUCAUCCAAAUUCACAAAAGCACACUUUGCUCUCUUUGUUGUGCUAUGAAAUAGCUCCUUGUAUAAAAUCCUCAGCUUAAAAUUAAAAACAACACAGGGGUGCAAAUGGGGAGCAGGACGAUGUAGAAGAGAAAGAGAUGUAGCAAGUGACAUUGGGCUGUAAGUCUUUUUACAGCAUACUAUGACAUACAUCGGUGGUCAUCGCUAUAUGGGUGAAUUAAGAAAGGAGUAAGUAAUACAUGCCAGAGAAGCAGUAAUGUCUUUGGUUGUCUUGGAAUAAGAUGGUCAAAAAAACUAGGCCGUACUUUCUGUGGCUUGUGGUAUCCAUUCAUUACCACAGGUGGUAGUGUAGGUUGGUUACUAAAACUGUUUAGAAGUAUAGAGGAUGACAAAUGUUUUCUGGCCAUUUAACUUUUGUUGUACUAUCUUCAAGUGAAAUCCACCUCUAAGGUCACCCAGCACUUGUUUCAGAAUAUGACCUGCCUAUCCCCCGACCUGAGCUACAGCUGAUGAACUAGUUGCAUAAGAGUCUGUUAUUCCAUAACAAGUUUUAGCAUGUCAUUACAAGCACAUAUUAGAGUACGGAAGUUUUGACAGAAUUCAUAAUAUAUAUUUGUCACAACAUUCUAAAAAGAAUUACAUGUAAUAGCAUGGGGAACAGUAACAAAAGAACAACAUGUACUGAAGGAAAAAUAAGGUGUAUUUAUGUAAUUUUGUAUUCUUUUACACUGGAUUGUAUACAAUUCCUGAUGGACAAAUCCCAGCAUUGUUCAUACUAACCACAUGUGCAGCAAACCACUGUUAACUGAUACUGUGGACCAGGAUACGCAUACUGAUUUGCAGAGAGGUAGUCAGCUAUGCUGCAGUUUAAAACACAGGCAUUCUUUUUAAAUACAUUGUGCUGCAUUGUCAGUUUUCAAAAUGGGAGAUCCAAGCCAUCUGACCUCAUAUAUGUUAAUCAGGUCUUUUAUUUCUUUAUUAAAUAGCAGCCACUAAAGAUGCUAUAGCAUUAGUUACAAGAACUAGGUCAGCUUCUUUCAAUUACUGUAGCUCAACUGUAAAACCUCUUUGUUUCUGCACUGAAUAACUUUAGAAUGGAGACCUGUUACCAUCUCAUGUAGCCUACAUAUGACUGUCAGUAAUGCAUGAUAGUUAUUUAUAUAUAAUAUAUUUUUUGUCAAUUCAGGGUAUAUUUUUGUCUAUAUAUUUUUUGAAGUUGAGAUAUUUAAGGUUGCCAAAUAAAUGAGUUAUGUACAGCAAAAGGACAGGCCAUAUCCAAAUUGUCUUGUUUUAGGAUUUUAUACAGUAUGUCAUUUUAUGUUAAAGAUGCAAUAGAACCCAACACAGAUGUUUAGUCAUUCCCUGCUAUUGUAUUGUUUUAGUUCUUUAUUUAGUCUGUCUGUGUACAGUGGUUGUAAUAAAUAGCCAUUGAAAACUA